CGUCACGACACCACCGCGAGCCCGCUCCACGCCUUUUCAUGGAUUCUUGUAGACGUGCCUUUUAUUUAUAAUUUGUAGUUGCCUAUCUAUUUCCCACCAUGCUCCCACGCGCAGCUUUCCGCGCGCUGCGCACCACCCGCCCUGCUCUUGCAGUUCCGCGCACAUCAUGCAUAGCAUCCUCAACAUCACAAUGGUCGCGCUCCUACGCGAGCAACAAAAGCCGAAAGGACAAUACAUGGAAGCAAUCAGACCCCAUUAAAUUCGACGAGCAGAACAAGUCGCGCCCGAAUCCCGUACAUCCUUCAGAGCAGCCCGAGUUCGACACGGCCGCAGCACCAGAGCGCAACACCGAGGCCACCACCGAGAACCCCGAGAGCCAACAGCCGCAAAAACCCCUCCCUGAUCUACGACAGGGCAUACCUUCGACAUUCGCCGCCGAGUUUGCUGAAGCCGAGGCCAAGGCCAACAGAGACCCCAACGAGCCCUCAGAAGAGCCCGCACCAGGCAGCUCAGGCGGGCGUGAAGGCGGGCGCGAAGGCGGCGAGCUCCCCAAAUCCGCCUACGAGACGAGCACCGACAGGCGGCGAGUCCGUGUUGCCAACUGGUCCUACCUUGCCUUGCUGCUCUUCGGCACAACGGGUGCCGUCUUCAUGGGCAGGAACUGGGAGAGUGAGGAGGAGGCGCUGGCAAACGCCGAUGCGCCCAAUGGCUGGGGACUUGGCCAGAUGUACGCUCGCGCUGCGGCCCGCAUCAAUGGACAAAAGGCAUACUACACCGAGCCUACCUUUCAGAAGCUGCUCCCCGACAAGGACAGGAUUCCUGGCGGAGCCCCAGAACUCACUCUGGUGCUGAGUCUUGAAGACCUGCUGCUGCACUCGGAAUGGACCACCCAACACGGCUACCGACUAGCAAAACGCCCUGGCCUCGACUACUUCCUGCGCUACCUCAGCUCACAAUAUGAGCUCGUCAUCUUCACAUCGGUCAAAUCCAUGGACGCCGACCCCAUCAUCCGCAAACUCGAUCCCUUCCGUCUCGUCAUGUGGCCCUUGUUCCGCGAGGCCACGCGCUUUGAGAAGGGCGAGUACAUCAAGGACCUCUCCUACCUCAACCGCGACCUCUCCAAAGUCAUCAUGAUCGAUACCGACCACUCGCACGUAAAACUCCAACCCGAGAACGCCAUUGUCCUUCCUAAAUGGAAGGGCGAGCCCGGCGACAAGGGCCUCGUAGGCCUGAUCCCCUUCCUCGAAUACCUCGCCAUGAUGUCGCAGACUGGCACACCCAUUGACGUACGACAAGUUCUCAAGUCAAUGGAAGGCAAGGACAUCCCCGUCGAAUACGCGCGUCGCGAAGCCAAACUCCGCGAGCAGUUCCAACAGGAUCUCGCAGAGCAGAAGCGAAAGAGCAAAGGCAGCGCAGGCGGCAUGUUUAUGAAGAGUCUGGGUCUCGAUGCGCCCAAGCAAGGCAUGGUGCUUGGUGACCAGAAUAUCUCGCAGGGCAUGGCUGAGGGCAAGAUGAUGAUCGACAUGUACCGCGACUUCAACAAGCAAAACUUCCAACAUUUAGACAAGCAGAUCAGGGAAAAUGGAGACCAGUGGCUAAAGGAGAUGGCCGAUGAGGAGAAGAAGAUGCAAGAGGCGCAAUUGAAGGACAUGAAGGCCGGUGCAUUUGGAUGGUUGGGUGGCGGGGCGCCGCCAUCGUCUACAACUGCACCAUCCGCUGCUUCGUCACCUGAAGCUGCAGCGGCACAAAAUGCAGGCAGAUAAUCGGGCUGUAAGUUGAGAAAAAGAUCAUGUUUCCACUCCAAGAUUUUAAUUGAUGAGGGCGCUCUGCAUGGAUGCUAGGGUUGUUGACGACCAUGUUGGAAUACCAUACGUCGAGGACUAUGUACUAUAUGUUAAAAUUAUAAUGAGUACAAAAGCUACAACACAUUCUCCGCUG